GUCCAAGGCGGCGGCUCCCGAGGCUGCAGGAGGAGGAGGGGAGAGGACCGCGAGCUGCAGCAGCAGUAGCAGCAGCAGCAGCAGCAACAUGGCGAGCGGCGAAGACGAAACGGAGAGCUUGUUCACCUCCGAAUCCCAGUUCGGGGAGGAGAUCGAGCUGCCCAUCAUCCAGCUCUGCGGCCUGGUGGAGGAGCUCAGCUAUGGAAACUCUUCUCUCAAAAUCGAAACAGAGAUGUUUGAGAAAUACUACAAUAAGCUGGAACCUCGGGAUCAGCGCUUCCCACGUUUGUCCGAUUUCAAGUCAUCCACAUUGGACUUUACACAGUUUCGGAGCAGGCGGAAAUCCAAGUCCCGGGUAACCACAGAUCGGCUAAUGCUCCUCUCGGUGGAUCAGAAAUGUGACCUCGCCCUGCGGGAACUAGAUGAUGUCAAAGAAGAAAUGAGGCAAUUGAGAGCAAAUUCUGAGAAGGAACUUCAGCGGUAUGAGGCUAUCAUAGAAGAAGCCGAUAUCCGAUGGGGCGAAUUGAAAAAGGCCCGGCAGGAUUUUGAGAAAGAGAUUCUGAACACGAUAUCCAAGAAACGGGGCAGUGCCGUGGCCACCCAGCGGGUGCUGAAGUACGUGGAAGACAGGAACAUUCGCAGGGAAGCUUUGAAGGACAAAUUACGUUUGAAAAACCUUUCCCUCAAAGUCCAGAAGAAAAAAAUACUGACGCAGUUGAAACAGAAGGAAGAGGUUGGGGAGUCACUCCAUGAUGUGGAUUUUCAGCAGCUAAAAAUUGAGAAUAUUCAGUUUCUGGAGAAUAUUGAUCAACGAAAUCGAGAACUGAUACAGCUCAAGCUUACAGCAGGAAAUGCUCUCCAUUCUCUCAAUUUAUACAAAAGCAAGCUUCAGCGAGCAACAGACACAACCCGCAACAUAGAAAAAGAGAUCUCCCUGAGGAAGGAGAUCCUGGAGAAGAUUGAGAGGGAAACCAUACAAGCAGAAGAGGACCGAGCCAAAGCAGAAGUUUUGAAUAAGAAAUUGAGGAAGCAACUAGCGACUUACAAAGUGCCUCAUGUAAUGAUGUAUGUCCAUGAGAAAGUUACCAACUUUGAGCUGGAAAAGAAUAUUAAAACGUGGGAGAGGAAGGUGGAAAUUGCAGAGAUGUCUUUAAAAGGGUACCGAAAGGCUUGGAAUAAAGUCAAGAUGGCCAGUAACCUCUUGGAGACAAGUGUUAUGCUGUAAAGUGGCC